AUGCUUAUUCGAAUGAGGCGCUACAAGCCGAUCGCCGAGCAUCGACCUGGAAAAACGAUUGUCACGUCAGAUACCGUGUCAUGGAGUCCUACUGCCUACAGAGAGUCAUCAAAGCGAGGAAGAUAUACACUUUCAUGUCAACAUGAUAAACGCCCCCUUGCCUCCAACAACCCCCUUCCGCUUCUCUUACCUCUUACUACUUGCUCCCUGCCUCUUUUGCCCUACUCUCUUCCUCUUUUCCUAUUUAAACAUCUAUCUAUCUAUCUAUCUAUCUAUCUAUCUAUCUAUCUAUGUUGGGCUUUAUAUCUAUCUAUCUAUCUAUCUAUCUAUCUAUCUAUCUAUCUAUACAGACAGACAGACAAUAUAGACGUUAUUCGAUCUCUCUUUCUUUCUUUCUAUCUCUCUUUAUUUCUAUCUUUCUUUCUUUCUUUCUUUCUAUCUCUUUUUCUUUCUUUCUUUCUAUAUCUUUUUCUUUCUAUCUUUCUUUCUCUCUCUCUCUCUUUCUUUCUUUUUUUAUCUCUCUUUUUAUCUCUUUUUCUUUCUAUUUCUCUCUCUUUCUAUCUCUCUUUCUAUCUAUCUUUCUUUCUUCCUUUCUUUCUUUUUAUCUCUCUUUCUUUCUAUCUAUCUCUCUUUCUUUCUAUCUCUCUCAUUUUAUCUUUCUAUCUUUCUAUCUCUCUUUCUAUCUAUCUUUCUUUCUUCCUUUCUUUCUUUUUAUCUCUCUUUCUUUCUUUCUAUCUAUCUCUCUUUUUUUCUAUCUCUCUCAUUUUAUCUUUCUAUCUCUCUUUCUAUCUAUCUUUCUUAAAUUCUUUCUUUCUAUCUCUCUUUCUUUUUAUAUCUCUCUCUCUCUCUUUCUUUCUCUCUUUCUUUAUUGCUUUCUUUCUUUCUUGCCUUUCUUUCUCUUAA